AUGAGUGACGCACCUAGAAAGCCAACAAAGGAAAAGGAGCUGCAGGAACAGGAGCCCCAGCGAUCGCGUCAGGACAAGCAGGAUAAAUCUCUCCGCGUCCAGAUACUCGUUUAUCGCUGCAUGGGCAUCGACCUAUGGAGCCCCACCAGCUCCAAUGACCGCCGGCUGCUGACGUUCGUCACCAUGGGCCCCCUGUUUGUGUUCAUGGUGCCCAUGUUCCUGGCCGCCCGCGCAUACAUCACCCAGGUGAGCCUGCUGUCCGACACUUUGGGCUCCACGUUCGCCAGCAUGCUGACCCUGGUCAAGUUUCUGCUCUUCUGCUACUACCGCAAGCAGUUUGUGGGUCUCAUCUAUCGCAUCCGUGGGAUUCUCGACAAGGAGAUUAGCGUCUGGCCAGAUGCUAGGGGUAUUGUGGACGAGGAAAACCAAAGCGAUCAGAUGCUUAGCUUGACCUACACCAGAUGCUUUGGUUUGGCUGGAAUCUUUGCGGCCAUCAAGCCCUUUGUGGCCAUUGUGGUUUCCCUAAUCCGAGGCAGCGUUGGCGACUCGGGCAUCCAUCUGGAGUUGCCCCACAAUGGCGUGUAUCCCUGGGAUCUGCAGGUAGUCUGGUGGUAUGUGCCCACCUAUCUGUGGAAUGUCAUGGCCAGCUAUAGUGCGGUGACCAUGGCCUUGUGCGUGGACACUUUGCUUUUCUUUUUCACGUACAACGUGUGUGCCAUCUUCAAGAUAGCCAAGCAUCGGAUGAUCCAUCUGCCGGCUGUGGGCGGCAGGGAGGAGCUGGAGAGCCUGGUCCAGAUUUUGCUGCUGCACCAAAAGGGCCUGCAUAUAGCCGAUCAUAUUGCUGAUCAGUAUAGGCCGCUGAUCUUUCUGCAGUUUUUUCUUUCGGCCCUGCAGAUCUGCUUCAUUGGUUUCCAGGUGGCGGAUCUAUUUCCCAAGCCGCAGAGCCUGUACUUUAUUGCCUUUGUGGGCUCGCUGCUAAUUGCUUUGUUUAUUUACUCAAAGUGUGGGGAGAAUAUCAAGAGUGCCAGCCAGGAUUUUGGAAAUGGGAUCUACGAGAGUGCCUGGACGGAGUUUACACCAUCCACCAAAAGGGCGCUGCUCAUAGCCGCCAUGCGGGCCCAAAGGCCGUGCCAGAUGAAGGGGUAUUUUUUCGAGGCCAGCAUGGCCACGUUUUCAACGAUUGUCCGCUCCGCCAUGUCGUACAUCAUGAUGCUGCGCUCCUUUAAUGCCUGA